AUGUCCAAUGGCCCAAUGAUAUUGUCAGAGGCCCACAAAGCAGGCAGAGGCCAUUUUAAGGAGGUCUGUGAGCGUCCAAAUGGCUCCUGCCAUGAGUUUUGCCUCGACUCAGAGAUCCAAGUCGGGAGAUGCCUAGAUGGCUGUGUCUGCUGCCUGCCCCUGGGCAAUGUCCCACAGGUUGACCCCACCACACCCAGCGGGGGCUGA